CGCCCCUCCCUCGUCUUUCCUUCCCCUCCUCUUCUCCGUCAGGAGAGAAACAAGAACUGAACUCUGAGCAGAGAGUACCAAACGCACAAUGCAGUGAGCAAUCAAUCAUACUCUCUCCGUCCCGGCGCCGUAGAAGAAGCAGGAUAAGAAGCAGGAGCGUCCGUCCUUCCGGCGAAGCCACGCGGCCUCUCUCCACUGGGCUGAUUUCCUCUCUUGACUAUCGGCGCUCAUGGCAGAGGCCGGAGAUGCAAGUGGUGGCUGGCUUGCGCGCCUCUCCGGACUCGGUUCAUAUGUUUGCUCCAAGAUGAACUACCACGAAUACUGCAGCCAUGAAUACACCGGCAUCCACACCGCGCUUCACGGACUCCUCGAAGAAAAGGAGAAGGUGGAGCAAGAACAUAAGGCAAGGCUUCAACUUAUCGCUGCGAAGGAGGAGCUCGUUAAAAGGAAUGAAGAGCUGGAAGCAGAGAUUCAAUCUCUAAAGAGAAAGCUCCAAGCAAGUGAGGCAAGCGAUACGCCGGCACAGGGAAGUGGUCGUGAGCAUAACCAGUCUGGAAGGCAGGUGCAAAUAACAUCAGUGCAGAAAAGAAAACGGCAAUCUGAGGGACAUGCUGGUGAAGAUGCUGAGGAGCAUGAGGCUGCGGAAAUUCUGUGUGUUAUGAACAGUCAUGAACAAGGUUUGAGUGCUGAGCUUCGCGAUGUUAGAGAAGAAACUUCAAAUAUCAACGCUGAGCUCAUCAAGGGAUUUCUUGAUAUGGGUGGUGUUGGUAGACAGAAUAUCACCGUAAAGUACAUGGGGCAGUUGAGUGAGAGGCCAUUCCUACUGGCAUGCCUUCGGAAGUUUCUCCGCAAAGAAGCCGAGGCGGAAGCUUCUCGGCUGUGCAAAUUUUGGCAGGAGCAGCUCAUGAACCCAGAGUGGUAUCCCUUCAAGUGUGACACAACUGGAGGCAUUUCUGAGGAGACUAUUAAUGACGAUGACGUUAAGCUACAAGAGCUGCGGGCUACGUGGGGGGAAGAGUCUUACAAGGCUUUGGUGAAGGCUUUGGUGAAUAGUUUCUUGGAGUUAAAGGAAUGUGGCAAGCUGAGUGACAGAACCAUUGUAGCCCAGCUUUGGAAUUUCAAAGAGGACAGGAAGGCUACUCUCAGUGAGAGUGUUGAGUACGUGUGCAGCAAAGUGAAGAGCCUCAGCAACGAGAAUGUCAGGACCUCGACUUGCGGGAAAAGGGGCCGUGGUGGUGGACGAGCAUGAAGACACUAAC